CGCGCACUCGGCGGCCGGAGCGAUAAAAUGUCUGACGAUGCCGGUGACACCUCAGCCACUGGAGACAAAGCAGAAAUUCCCAAGAUGCCCAAUACCGAGUUUUUACCCAAAGAGACGGAAGCACACUGUGAUUCAGCUACGAUUUCAAGUGAGCCGACACCAGCUGAUGCCAAAGGAGAUGGGCAUGAAAAUGCAACCAUUCAGUGUACAGAGACUGCGGACACUGGGCGCCCUGAGCAGCCCCAGCACAGCGUUGCCGCUCAGCAUCCUCCCAAUGGAGAAGUGACUGAGGAUGCGCUUGCUGAAUGCAUUGACUCUGUCAGCCUCGAGGCCGAACCUGGGUCUGAAAUACCCCUGAAAGAGCAGAAUAAUCCGGCUGUGGAUUCCCCUUCACAUGGAGGGGGAUGGGCAGGCUGGGGCUCCUGGGGCAAAUCUCUGCUCUCAUCAGCAUCUGCCACAGUAGGUCAUGGAUUGACAGCAGUCAAGGAAAAAGCAGGAGCCACCCUACGGAUUCAUGGUGUAAAUUCCAGCUCUUCUGAAGGAGCCCAACCUGAUACUGAAAGUGGAGUCCCUCAGAAUGUGGCCACAGAUCAGAGUCCCACAGAAAGCCCACCCACUUCUCCCUCAUCCGGGUCUCGGGGCAUGCUGUCUGCCAUCACCAAUGUGGUUCAAAACACAGGUAAAAGUGUCUUAACGGGCGGUCUGGAUGCUCUGGAAUUCAUCGGUAAGAAAACCAUGAAUGUCCUUGCGGAGAGUGACCCAGGCUUUAAGAGGACCAAGACACUCAUGGAGAGAACCGUUUCCUUAUCUCAGAUGUUAAGAGAAGCCAAGGAGAAAGAGAAGCAGAGGUUGGCCCAGCAGCUCACGGCCGAGAGGACUGCACACUACGGGAUGCUGUUUGAUGAAUAUCAAGGUUUGUCACAUCUGGAAGCCCUGGAAAUUCUGUCCAAUGAAAGUGAAAGCAAGGUUCAGUCAUUUUUAACAUCACUUGAUGGAGAGAAGCUGGAACUCUUAAAAAAUGACCUAAUUUCCAUUAAAGACAUCUUUGCAGCCAAAGAAUUAGAGAAUGAAGAGAAUCAAGAAGAACAAGCCUUGGAAGAAAAGGGAGAAGAAUUUGCUAGCAUGCUUACAGAGCUUCUCUUUGAAUUACAUGUUGCAGCCACGCCUGACAAACUCAAUAAGGCCAUGAAAAAAGCUCAUGACUGGGUGGGAGAAGAUCAAGCUACUGUGUCAGUAGAUAUGGCAAAAGAGACAGAGGAGAACAGCAAAAAGGACGAAAAGGAAGAGAAACCAGAAAAUCCUGAAGAAGACAAAAAGGAAGAGAGAACUAAGACGGUGGAGGAAGUAUACAUGCUGUCCAUCGAAAGUCUGGCAGAAGUAACAGCACGUUGCAUCGAGCAGCUGCAUAAAGUAGCAGAGUUAGUUCUUCACGGGCAGGAAGAGGAAAAACCAGCUCAGGACCAAGCAAAAGUUCUGAUAAAAUUAACUACUGCAAUGUGUAAAGAAGUGGCCUCCUUAUCAAAGAAGUUUACAAAUUCCUUAACCACUGUUGGGAGCAACAAGAAGGCUGAGGUCCUUAACCCCAUGAUCACUAGUGUAUUGUUAGAGGGCUGCAAUAGCACUACCUACAUCCAGGACGCCUUCCAGCUGCUGUUGCCUGUGCUGCAGGCGUCACACAUCCAGACCAGUUGUUCGAAAGCACAGCCGUGACCUGGCCACCCGCCCAUCUAGGGAAAGAAACAGGCAGGCCAUGUUGCUUUGUUACAUACCAGUGGAAGAUGUUCUCUGAGCAUCUGGCCACAGACACCCUUUUGAGGACUCUACAAGCAAUUUUGCACACACAGUAUGGAGAACGCAAGUUGAGAGGGAAUUCUCUUAAUGCAUAUGGUUGUUUUUACAAAUAAUUGUGUUUCCUUUGUUAAUUUAAGUUUACACGGCUUUAUAUUGAUAGUUUCCUUUCAUUUGAAGUUGAUUCACCAAUAUUCAAUUCCAGUUUCCUGGUCAAGCAUGCUAUAUUUAGAAAUUCAUGGGUAAAUCCUAGACUUUUUAUUUAAUCCUUUAAAUUCCCACCUUUAAAUGUCCCAUUCUUAUGGUAUUACUUUAAAUCAAAUCUUAUGCUAAACUUAGUUUUGUUAUAUAAAUAUCAUGGGCAAAGAUAACACUACUUAUAGAUAUUACCUAUUAUAGUGAAAGAGAAAUGUAAGUAUCUCUUUAUAGUAAUUCAUUCUGAAAACAAGCCUUCGCUGAACUCCAACUGUGUGUUCACAUUAGAGGAACAUGAUCUCAACCCAGUAAAGGCAGAUACUCUGAGUAAUCUUUAUGCCUAAUGUGGGGCUCAAACUCACAACCCUGAGAUCAAGUUGCGUGCUCUACCAACUGAGCCAGCCAGGCGCCCCUAGAUAGAUGCUCUAAAAGAGGGUUUACAAUAAUCCUUCAAAUGCUUAAAAACACUAAUAAAUUUCCCAGACCUUAAAAGAUUUGACGAGCAAGGUAAAACUAGUGUUUUUUUUUAAUGUUCUGUUCUUCUAUGUAUUCUUGUAUUUUUCUACACUACGUGGGCUUUUUGAUCCCCAACUUUAUAUAUGAGGUGAAAAAAUAUAUGAAACAGCAGUACUAAAGAGUAUUCCAUUUAAAUUAGGCUUUUUUGUGACCAUAAGUACAUGAUAGCAUAAUUACAAAGCCUGAAAAUAUCUGAAGAGAAAAUUAAAGGGAUUUCAUCACAACAGACCCCAAGACUGCAUCUUUAACUCUGAGUCAAGCUAUUGUAUAAAUACACAGAUCACACUCCCUAGUGGAAAACACCAUCAUUGCUUCUAAAGGGCAGAAAAUAUUGAUGUGGGGCUUGACUAACUGGUAGAUUGUUCCAUGACAGAUUGCACAGAAGACCCUGGGGCCAGGAGAGGCAUUGCCUGUGAGCACUUCUCCUGAGCUCCAUACACUCAUUCGGGUGGGGGUUCAGCUGAGCCCCGUCAGCAUCCUGACAGGCAUUGUCACAAGAUGUCUUACUCCAUGGUUCUCUCUAAGGCAAAUGAGGCUUGUACUUAUAGGGGUGAAAAUCCUUCACAUUUGCUUUAAUUCCCCUGAUAGAGUAGACUGCCUGUGUUCCAUACAGGCAAAGUAGGAAUAUUUUAAUAUUAUCCUAUGUCUUAUUAGCAUUUUAUUUGUGUCCCAUAUUUCACUUUGUGUAUCUCCUGAAACAGCCAAAUAGAAAACAUAAGAAUAAUUAUUUACAAUCUUGAAAAGAACUCUCUGAGGAAUCAAUUAAAGAUUUUUUUCUAUUGUUUUUUGAUUGCCUGAAAUGUUUCUGAUAUUAAGUCUAGAGAACAAUUAACUGCUGAAAAUGCAAUUACCUCUUCAUAAAUUUUGUAGGUAUUAUGUAUAGAACGGAGGAAAAAUCAGAUUUGCAAUGUCUCCACAUCAGAUUUUUUAGCAUCAGAUGGAUUUUUUAGAUGUUAACUGGAAAUGUAAGAGACACAAGUAUUUUCAAAGGAACUAGAUUCCCAGAAAUAAGCUUUAAGCCCAACUUCACCCAUAUAGUUUAUAGCAAAAUUUUUAAUCGUAAAACGAAAUAGAAAUCUGUAAAAGAAUAAAAGAGAUAAUUAUUCUUUCAAAAGUGGUUGACAUUAUUUACAUUGCAUUUACAUAUCUUUUAAUGAUGGAAUAUCAAAGGUUGCCAGGGAGAAACAUGGGCAGACAGAUGAUUCCUGGGGCCUAGCUCAAUGGUCGUGAAUUACAUUUAACAGAGAAUAAUCACUUAAAAUAUAUCCACCCUCCAGGAUUGCUCUCUUUCAAUACUGUUUUUCAUCAUCACUUUUAAAUAAUUGCUUCUUUGCUUUGCUUUCAAACCUAGCAAAGCUCAGGAUCCAGAUCUGGGCAAAUGUCAAUCAGUUACUGAAUGAAUGAUUUAGCAGGCUGACUUUGGAAGUUUUAUAUUCCUUCAAUAAUCCUUUACAUAAAUUGGGUUCGUUUCACUCUAUGCAAUUACCCUGAACAAAUGUGCCCGUUUUUUUUCUUACAUCAAGUGCAAACUAAGUUCCAGUCUAAAUAAUGAAUAUAGUCCUGGGCCUGUGCCUUAUUAAAUAAAAAACAUCAAAAGCAUAUUUCCAAUUCAAAGCAAAAUGCGUCCAAGAAAAAUUGCUUUGGGGUAUUGAUACAUACAGCUCUAAAGGGUAAAAUUCAGCCCCAAAUCUUAAAGCAGAGGCGUAAGCUUAAAUAUUCUAUCCCACUGAGAAGAGAAUUCUGUCUUUUCUCUGGGCUUCACACUGGGCUGCACAUCACACUCGUGAUUCAGUGAAUGGUGUGACAAGCUGAGGCUGUGGCCAGAGUGAGCUGUGUAUGCAGCAGCCUCAGCAACACCAACUAAGGAACCAUGGACCUCAGCAGCAGGGCUCAAAGGGGAUGAAGAAGCACCAGCUCUGAGUGGGUUAAAGGAAGAUGCUAAAUGUAGGGUAGAAGUCUGAACCCAGAAAUGAGAGCAUUUCCUGUGCUUUGUAGAAGUCAGCUGACCCACCAGGAGCUCUUCUAUCUGGGAAAUCACCUUCUCCACGGGCCGCCAUGCUGCACUUAAGUUAGAAACAAGAGCAGGCAGAUUUCAGUCAAAGCCAUCCUAGAGGCCUAGGGAGAACAUCUUAGGGAAGUGAUUUAGCAAAACUGCAAAAUAAGUCUAUUUCUCUUCUUUCCUAAAAAAAUAAAGAGGGAGAGAUUAGAUGGAUAGAUGAUAGAGUGUAUGCUGAACAGAUGGGGUGGAUCAUAAUACAUGAUAGCAAUCCAUGUUUAAUUUUGUAAGUGUAAUUACUCUUCAGUGUCAAGGUAAUUUUUAUAAUGUAAAAAUUGCCCUUUGAUCUUCCUCUUAAAGAUGCCCUACAUUCUGGGGGCACCUGGGUGGCUCAGUCAGUUUAGCAUUCAACCUCAG